GGGUACUAGAACUACAAGUCCCUUGUUUCUUUACUCAUCGGUCGUCAAGUGGUUUAGUGCGGCUAUUAUUUGGUUUUGAACGGCAUUGGCGAGCGGGAUUGCUUAGCUGGGCUGAAUUCAAUCGUAACUGGAGUGUUUUGGUAACGGCGACGGGUCUUCAUGGCAACAGACGUUGUUGCACAGUUGGCCGACUCACUGGCCAAGACUGGAGUAGAGGAUGGAGAGCUGAGCUAUAAAGGCCAGGGAAAGAAGCUGGAUAAUGCCCAGUCAGCGGAGGAGAUUGUGAAGGAUAUCCUGGAGUUUGAGGGUUUGCAGGCUCUCAGGAUGGAAGGAAACACCGUUGGUGUUGAAGCAGCACAGGCCAUCGCCAAAGCCCUGGAGGGAAAGAGCGACUUCCAGCGCUGUUAUUGGAGUGACAUGUUUACAGGUCGCCUGCGCUCUGAAAUCCCACCUGCCUUGAAUUCACUGGGUGAUGCCCUGAUGCUGGCCGGUGCCAGACUGACGGUUUUAGACCUAAGUGACAACGCAUUUGGCCCCGAUGGGGUUAAGGGUAUCGAGAAACUGCUCAAGAGCACAGCUUGCUUUACAUUACAGGAGUUACGGCUCAACAACUGCGGUAUGGGUAUCGGAGGUGGAAAGAUCUUGGCUGCUUCUUUGAUCUACUGUCAUAAACAGUCCAGUGAGAAAAACACUCCCCUCAGCCUGAAGGUGUUUGUUGCUGGGAGGAACCGUUUAGAGAACGAAGGAGCAACCGCUCUCGCUCAAGCUUUCCAGUUAAUUGGUAGCCUGGAAGAAGUUCACAUGCCCCAGAAUGGUAUCAAUCAUCCUGGUGUGACAGCUCUGGCCUCAGCAAUGCAGCAGAACCCAGGACUCCGAAUCCUCAACCUCAAUGACAACACCUUUACUGAGAAAGGGGCACUCGCCAUGGCUCAGGCCCUAAAACACCUCAACAGCAUCCAGGUUAUCAACUUUGGAGACUGUUUGGUUCGCUCAGAAGGCGCUAAAGCCAUCGCGGAAACUGUAUCUGCAGGCCUUCCUGUCCUCAAGGAGCUCAAUCUGUCGUUUGGUGAGAUCACAGCGGACGCAGCUCUGGCUGUGGUACAGGCAGUGAAGAACAAGGACCAGCUGGAGAAACUGGACUUGAAUGGGAACUAUCUGGGAGAGGAUGGCUGCAAAGCUGUGAAAGACGGCAUGGAAAGCUUAAACAUGAUCAGCCUCCUAGGAUCAUUGAGUGACGAUGAGGGUGAGCCUGAGGAUGACGAAGAUGAGGAUGAAGAUGAUGAGGAUGACGACGAUGAUGAUGACGACGAAGAUGUGGAUGAAGAGGAAAUUGAGGAGGAGGAGGAAGAAGAAGAGGAGGAGGAGGAGGAAAACGGCAGCAACAAGCUCUCUACCCCUGUGUCGGCACAGUGGCCUCCAGACGUCUCUUCUUUCCUCAGCUUCCCGUCUCCUGACAAACUGUUGAAACUUGGCGCCAAGAGAGCAAUGCUAGUACAGCAGCAGGUGGACGUGACCGAUGCAAGAAAGACAGCUGAAGCCUUCUUGAAGAUCGCGUCUGUGUAUAAGGAGGAUAUUAAUGAUGUCAAGAAUGCAGUGCUGGAUACGAUUGACGCCCUCUUGAGUAAAGCCUUCAGCAGUCCUUCGUUUCAAGGUUACAGCUUCGUGUCCAUCCUGUUAGUGCUUCUGGGGCUCAUCAAGAGUGAGGACAAGAUCAAGCCCGUGCUCGUCGUCCCGGGUCAUCUCCAUGCCUUGGAGCACGUCGUUCGGCAGGACUACUUCCCCAAAGAAAACGUGGCAGUGCUCGAGGCGUUCAUGUCUCGGUAAGGGCAUGGUGAAUGAGCCAAUCAGCAUGCAGCUUCCAGGAGCAACAAAUCCUUGGAGUCAUGUGGAAACGCCAGAAACGGCCUCCAAUCCACACUGCAGAGAGUCCGAUCUCAGAGCUGAGGCUCAUGGACUGAACUCUAUUCACUGAUGGACCUUUAAACACCUCCUUAAAAAAAAUUAAAAGAAGCUGCCCAGGAGAAGAUCUCUAUUCUGGCACAAUAAGGAAAAUCCCUGCCGUGUAACUAAAGCAUUUCUUUAUCAAACUUCUAUGUUGGACUUAACUUGAAAGCAAAGCAUUGGAAAUGAGCUACUUUUGUCCGUUCAGUAUAAGCCACAGUUUAGCAGCAACAGCAGCACCCUCUAAACCCCCGACCUGACCUGAUUACAGAUUACACUUCAAUGUGAUCAGGAGGAGAUCAGACCAGGAGCUGUCUGAAUCCUUAGAUCUUAUCUCUUUUAUGUUUAAUAAAUUAAAUAUUCUCUUAUUUUAUUCUAGAGGUUUAAUAAAGCCACAAAUACGGCAAGAUGUUGAGAAAUAUCAAUGUCAAAGGGAUGGUAAGUUGAACCACUCAAAAGGAAUUGAAAUGCUUUUCUAACCUCAGAUGCUCUGUUUUUUAAUUUGAUUUGCAA